AUGCCCACACAGCGCAGGGACCUCGAAGUGCAGCGAUCCUAUGUUUUUUUCACAGAGCUUAUUUCGCAUGCAGAACUAUAUUCACCACCUCUGGAGGUUACCAAAGCGCAAACUUUGAUUUCUGCCGUUCAAGAUAUCCUGCACAACGUUCGCGCUGGUGAUUCAACGCUCGCCGCAAUACUUUGGAAAACAAUACCGGUCCACAGUCGCUUGUCGGGAGCGGCGCACUUGAACGCUUUAUCAGGUCUGGCUGCGAUCCUUUCAACGAUACACUUAUCUUCGAUAGCUCACAGCUCGCACUUGGUUCGCUCCUGUUUUAGGCGAACUAUUCGAGAGCUCGAAUCAUUUGGGCCGAAGAGCCUAAACCGUGGAAGUAAGCUCUACUCAGCAAUAAUUCUUUUCGGCAUGCUUAUUCACGAGCGAGUGAUCAGCGCUGAGGCGCUGCUGGUUUUGUGGCAACAUCUACGGGAAUGCUUUGUUCGGAUACUGGGUGCGGGACUGAGUUCCCCGCAGGAAGCGAUGGACUUGGACGCCGCUGACUGGACGCUACAUGCUGCCCUGGAUAUUGCAUAUAUAACUGGCGAUAUUCUUGCAAAAGAGGAACCUGGGUCCAAAAUUUACACUGGCCUAUGUCUAUUCAAGGAGCGCCUUCGGCGCGCAAUAUGGGAGGGCGUUCUAGAGCAUCACGCACAACCGUGCCGUAUGUGCCACAUAUCCUCCGAGCGCAGCCUUGCGGAACGAGCGGUAAUCUUUGUCGAGGCUUUGGAUCGAAACGGUGCUGGAGUUCUCCAACGGAAUGCGCAUCGGGCAUCCACGGAUCUGCUUAAAGAGAUAUGUAUGCCCCCUGAGCUCAAACAAGGUGUCCACCGUUAUCCAUGCAUCUCAUUACCCGCAUUUCAGAAUAGAAGGGAACGGGUCUUGUAA